AUGGCCAUCUCCUUCCUGCGCCACUCGGCCGUCGUCGCCAGCGUCAACGCCAUCGGCGCCGGCGCGCCCGUCCGUCGCCCCGUGUGCUCCAUGAGCAGCCUCCAGAGCCAAAUCGACGCCAUCAAGAGCGCGGCGAUGCUCGUGCGCGCAAGACUUUGGUCGCGUCGCUGA